AUGGCUGAACUAAUAGACCGUCCAAGAUCGGAACUCACAGAGACAGAGCUACAGCAGCUAGAGGAAUAUGAAUUCAACCAUGGCCCCAUGUCUGUGCUACAGACAUCCAUGAAUAACGAAACGCCCGUCAUGAUCUAUUGCAGAAAUAACCACAAGUUGAUAGGGAAAGUGAAAGGUUUCGACAGACAUUGUAACAUGAUUUUGGAGGAUGUGAAGGAGUUAUGGACUGAGACCACGAAGAAUAGCAAAGGCAAAGUGAUCAAGAGCACGUCCAAAGAGCGCUUCGUUGCCAAAUUAUUUCUCAGAGGCGACUCUGUGAUUCUAGUUAUCAAAGUAUAA